AUGUACGUCAUGAACGCGUCCGGUAGCGCGUCGACUACGUCACCGCCGGUAGCAUCGAAACUCUUGGUGCUUGAAGCACGGGUGGAUCGCCUCUUUCAGCAGUUUGACAAUCUACGCCAGCUCCUCGCUGGCACCGCCAGCCCUCCGGAGGCCUUCGCAGCUGAGAUCCCGACCUACUUGCCCGUGACCACGAAUGCUAUGCUCAAGGAUAUCAACCCCAAUGACACGAUGCGCCUGGAAGAAAAUUUGGAUGGGCACCCCGGGCGUCAAGGGACCCACAACGAAGUAUUGCGAUUGACUAGAGAGGUGAUAUUCAGAGCGGCGAGAGCCAAGCCACCCUGGAUGACUGCAAGGACAAAGACGAAGGACGAGAAGUUUCCCGGUUGGUGA